AUGACCACAACCAUGGCACAGGCAAACAUGCUGCCAUCGGCCAGCGACAAAUCACAGAAGCCCAGACAUCGAGCUUCAGUAGCUUGUACAGCAUGUCGCGAACGUAGAACAAGAUGCGUCAUAUUUCCAGGUCAGUCGGAGUGCACACAGUGUCGAUCCAACGGUGGUGAAUGUAUAGUCAAUUUCGACGAUGAACGAAGAAAACCAAACUCUCGCGCAUACAUCAAUAGCCUGAACGAGAGAAUUGCGGCACUUGAAUCGGCGCUCAAGGACAAAGAAAAGGAAAAAGAGCAAAUCGAAGAUUCGAACGCAACCUCUCAAGCCCAAUCAACACGAAAUCCCUCCCAUAGUCCCGUGCUAAUCACGAAUUCAUUCCGCCAUGAGAUCGACCCAAAGCUCAUGGAGAUGUCAGAACAUCACGAAGCCGUCAUCACCGACUCAGACGCCACCGAUGGCUACUCACCACCAAGCAACCUUUCGAGUCACGAGAACGAGAGUAUGGUUAGCAAACUCCUGUCUACAAGAGGCCACCUGAGCUUUGACCAAUUAAGUGGACGACUUCGAUACUUUGGUCCAAUCGCAAAUUGUCAUGUUCAUUCCCAUCUCCAACAAAAUGAACAGAUGCAUCGACAGGCCCUGGAACAACAGCGGCGAACACAGAGGCUCAUCAAUAGCAUCUCCAAAGACACCCACGACUAUCUGAUGAACCUAUUUUGGCAGUAUUAUAAUUCCGUCAUCCAUGUCAUCCACCAAGCCGCCUUUGAACAUGGACAAGAACACGGUGGUCCGUUCUACUCAGGUUUCCUCCAUGUUUGCAUCCUGGCCAUGGGUUAUCGAUACGCAGACAAAACGCGUCCUGACAUUAUGAAGAUCUCGAUCGGCAAUAAAGAAAGCACGAUUCAUAAAGAGGCAAAGUUCAUGCUCGACUAUGAGAUUGAGCAACCUGGAGGGACCACGUCUAUCCCGGCGCUGUUGUUGCUUGGUGACCUUGAAUGCGGAGUCGGACGAGAUAACGUUGGGUGGCUUUAUGCAGGCAUGGCCAACCGUUUGUGCUUCGACAUCGGUCUUCAUCUUGACCGGAGCAACUCUGGUCUGUCGGAACGAGAUCUCGAAAUUGGACGGAUGACUCUUCUUGCCUGCGUCAUCUACGAUAAGUACUGGGCACUGUUCUUGGGUCGGCCCACCAAUAUCAAAACAUCUGAUCUGGAAACAUAUAAUCUAUCACAACAACUUGAACGACUGGGCAAAUGCCUACCAGCGGGGCCUGAGAAGAGCCUCGAAACACAAAUCUACGAAUCCCUUAUUGAUCUCAUGGAAAUCGCCGGCAAAAUCACCGAGAUUAUGGACCAAGCUGCGCGACUUGAUGACCGAGUCAACCCCAACCACCACGUCUUUGUUCGAAUGGCCAAUCUCAACCGAGAACUUGAGAUAUGGUAUACCCGGCUACCUAAAAAUUUACAAUGGACCCCACAGAACGUUCAAUCCGCUCCGUUUUCAUUUUUCCUCCUUCACCAGCAGUAUCACGUGGCAAUGAUCCUCCUCCAUCGGCCAUUUGCUCGAUAUGACGAAAUCCAGCCAGUCGCAGAUGGCAAUAUGGAGGACUAUGAGCCUCAACCUAAUAUCCACAUGUCGUCGAUGUCACGAUCGAUAUGUACACAACAUGCAGUUCGGGUGGCAAGAAUCUUCUGGCAACAUCGGCAGAGAUUUGACACUCGACACAUCUUCGUCACGGGGAUGCAGCACGCUGGGACGGCAGCGAUUGCUCUGAUUGCGGCGCUCGCGUCUCUCAAGGACACCUCCUCCCGAGACGCUAAUAUGCAUUACCUCGAAUGUUUAGCAGCUGCUCUUCAAGACAUGUCGGAGACGUUCCAGCCCGCAGAGCUCAUGUCAACUGUGCUGCAAGCGGUGAUCCUGGAGCUGAGAGCGUCACUACCUCAACCAAAACAAGCCAAGAUAAUACCAGCUCGACGGGAAAGCACCGCUAACGACGAUGAGUCGGAGCGGUUCAUGCCCAGUAAGAGACACCAAUCGUUCCGCAACAGCCCACCUCGGACGAUGAGCCAUGGUUUCAUCCCUACGCCUCAAGUGACGGCGCCAGCUGAAAUUAGUGAGCUGGAACAGCAACAACAGCAACCUCUCAUAGACACAUCGACCCGUGAGGCGAGUGAAGUCCGGCUGGCCAACGCAACGUCGAUGGAUGGUUUCGUAGUGGUGACGCCACGCGCGGAACCGGUCAACAUUGAAGGGGCAUGGCCGACACUAACGACCGACACAUCAGCACUGGACUAUCCCAUGUUCACCAAUUCGAACCGACCACAGUUCCACGCCAUGUCGACGACACCACACCGGUCGGCGUGGAUGGGCGCCGAAACUCCAGCUGUCUCUCCCCCCGCUGGCGGUAACCCAUAUAUGUUCCAGUCGAAUUUCGGACGUUCAUCGAACGAUCGCCUCCAGGACGAUCUAGCCGCCAACACCAGCCUAGAUUUCCUCACCUUGUUAGGCACCGACCGCACUGACUUCUCCACCUUGACGGGCAAUCAUGACGAUUUUGCUCUGUUACCCACCCCGACUCCGACACCAGUCGCUUCCUAUCCGACAAAACCUCUCGACGGUACUAAAGAUCGUCCGUUCACUUCCUCCUCCGCCACAGGCUCCACCAACCGCCAGCAGGAUGGCUCUGCCGCUCGAACCAUGGCCGGGCUCGACGAUCUGUGGAAUCAAAUGAAGGGAACGAAUAACAAAAUGAGAUGA